AUGACAGUAUCAGAAAGUGUGAUGAAAAAAGUGCUUCUUUCAUACACAUACGUAUCAAUAUGGAUUUUCCUAAGCUUCUCAGUGAUUAUCUACAACAAAUACAUCCUAGAUCAAAAAAUGUACAACUGGCCAUUCCCAAUAUCACUAACAAUGAUUCACAUGGCUUUUUGUUCCUCCCUUGCUUACAUCCUCGUCAAAAUCUUCAAACUUGUCGAACCAAUUUCAAUGUCUUUCGACAUUUACCUUAAAUCAGUUGUCCCUAUUGGUGCACUCUAUUCUCUCUCCCUUUGGUUCUCAAACUCCGCUUACAUUUACCUCUCUGUUUCAUUCAUUCAAAUGCUUAAAGCACUUAUGCCCGUCGCAGUUUACUCCAUCGGCGUUUCGUUUAAAAAAGAGUCUUUCAAAAAAGACACCAUGAUCAACAUGGUGUCUAUUUCGCUUGGCGUCGCUGUAGCUGCCUACGGCGAAGCCAAGUUUGAUGUCUUUGGUGUUACGCUACAGCUCAUGGCUGUGGCGUUUGAAGCCACGCGAUUGGUUUUAAUUCAGAUUCUUUUGAAUUCUAAAGGGAUAAAAUUGAAUCCUAUUACAUCACUUUACUACAUUGCUCCUUGUUGUUUGGUUUUCUUGUCACUUCCUUGGUUUGUGAUGGAGUAUCCUUUAUUAAGGGAUAAGUCAAGUUUGGAAUUAGAUUUAUGGGUUUUUGGUAGUAAUUCUUUGUGUGCUUUUGCUUUGAAUCUUGCUGUGUUUUUGCUUGUUGGGAAAACUUCAGCUUUGACUAUGAAUGUUGCUGGUGUUGUGAAGGAUUGGUUGCUUAUUGCUUUUUCUUGGUCUGUCAUUAAGGAUACUGUUACACCCCUUAAUUUGAUUGGUUAUGGACUUGCCUUUUUGGGUGUUGCUUAUUAUAAUCACUGUAAGUUGAAGGCUCUUAAGGCUUCUGAGGCUCAGAAAGGGGUUCAGCAGGAAGAUACUGAAGCUGGGAAAUUGUUGGAAGAGAGAGAUGGGAAACAAGAUGAACAAAAUUCAAGAAAGAAUCACAAUUGA